AUUUCCAAGAAGCUCAUGUAUUACAGGAGAGGGUUAAAUCCACCACACAGGGUGAAAUCUAUCUCCAUGACAACAUUCACACAACAGGAAAUUGAAUUUCUGCAGAAACAUGGAAAUGAAGUCUGUAAACAGAUUUGGCUAGGAUUAUUUGAUGAUAGAUCUUCAGCAAUUCCAGACUUCAGGGAUCCACAAAAAGUGAAAGAGUUCCUACAAGAAAAGUAUGAAAAGAAAAGAUGGUAUGUCCCUCCAGAACAAGCCAAGGUGGUGGCAUCAGUUCAUGCGUCUAUUUCAGGGUCGUCUGCCAGUAGCACGAGCAGCACGCCUGAGGUCAAACCCCUGAAGUCUCUUUUAGGAGACUCAGCACCAGCACUGCACUUAAACAAGGGCACACCUAGUCAGUCCCCUGUUGUAGGUCGCUCUCAAGGACAGCAGCAGGAAAAGAAGCAGUUUGACCUUUUAAGUGAUCUUGGCUCAGACAUCUUUGCUGCUCCAGCGCCUCAGUCAACGGCCACAGCCAAUUUUGCUAACUUUGCACAUUUCAACAGUCAUGCCGCUCAGAACUCUGCAAAUGCAGAUUUUGCAAACUUUGGUGCAUUUGGACAGUCUAGUGGCUCGAGUGAUUUUGGAGGUUUCCCCACAGCAAGUCGCUCUCCUUUUCAGCCCCAAACUCCAGCAUUUAGAAUGCUUUCAUCUAGCUGCAGUUUUGGUGAAUUUACUUCAGCUUUUCCUCUCCAGGCUUCCAACAGUGGAAGUGCUGGAUCAGUAAAUGCUAAUUUUGCUCAUUUUGAUAACUUCCCCAAAUCCUCCAGUGCUGAUUUUGGAACCUUCAAUACUUCCCAGAGUCAUCAAACAGCAUCAGCUGUUAGUAAAGUUUCAACGAACAAAGCUGGUUUGCAGACUACAGACAAAUACGCAGCACUUGCUAAUUUAGACAAUAUCUUUAGUGCUGGGCAAGGUGGUGAUCAGGGGAGUGGUUUUGGGACCACAGGUAAACCUCCUGUUGGUUCUGUGGUUUCAGUUCCCAGUCAGUCGAGUGCAUCUUCAGACAAAUACGCAGCCCUGGCAGAACUCGACAGCGUUUUCAGCUCCGCGGCCACGUCCAGUAACGCGUAUACUUCCACAAGUAACGCUAGCAGCAAUGUUUUUGGAACAGUGCCCGUGGGUGCUUCUGCACAGACACAGCCUGCUUCUUCGAGUGUGCCUGCUCCAUUUGGAGCUACGCCUUCCACAAAUCCAUUUGUUGCUGCUGCUGGUCCUUCUGUGGCAUCUUCUACAAAUCCAUUUCAGACCAAUGCCAGAGGAGCAACAGGCCUUUCUGGAGCAAUGCAUUCUCAAGUGUUCCCUCACGCUCAUUUUGCUGCGACCUUUGGCACCGCGUCCAUGAGCAUGCCUGCGGGGUUCGGGACUCCUGCGCCCUACAGUCUUCCCACCAGCUUUAGUGGCAGCUUCCAGCAGCCUGCCUUCCCGGCCCAAGCAGCUUUCCCUCAGCAGACAGCGUUUUCUCAACAGCCCAAUGGUGCAGGUUUUGCAGCAUUUGGACAAAGCAAGCCAGUGGUAACCCCUUUUGGUCAAGUUGCAGCUGCUGGAGUAUCUAGUAAUCCUUUUAUGACUGGUGCACCAACAGGACAGUUUCCAACGGGAAGCUCAUCAACCAAUCCUUUCUUAUAGCCUUAUAUAGACACUUUACUGGAACGAACUUUUACGUGGUCACAUUACAUCUCUCCGCCUCUUGCACUGUUGUCUUGUUUCACUGAUCUUAGCUUUAAACACAAGAGAAGUCUUUAAAAAGCCUGCAUUGUGUAUUAAACACCAGGUAAUAUGUGCAAAACAGAGGGCUCCAGUAACAACUUUUAACCUGUGAAUUGGCAGAAAAAGGUAGCGGUAUCAUGUAUAUUAAAAAUUGGCUAAUAUUAAGUUAUUGCAGAUACCACAUUCAUUAUGCUGCAGUACUGUACAUAUUUUUCUUAGAAAUUAGCUAUUUGUGCAUAUCAGUAUUUGUAACUUUAACACAUUGUUAUGUGAGAAAUGUUACUGGGGAAAUAGAUCAGCCACUUUUAAGGUGCUGUCAUAUAUCUUGGAAUGAAUGACCUAAAAUCAUUUUAACCAUUGCUACUGGAAAGUUACAAAGUCAAAAUUGGAAGGUUUUAUUCAUUCUUGAAUUUUUCCUUUCUAAGAGCUCUUCUAUUUAUACGUACCUAAAUUCUUUAAAAAUGUAGAGGGAUACCUGUCUGCAUAAUAAAGCUGAUCAUGUUUUGCUACAGUUUGCAGGUGAAAAAAAUAAAUAUUAGAAAAUAUGCUAUCGUUUUUGUGUUCUUGCUGCAAUGCCUUUACCAAAGUGGCCUUAAAAUAUGAGUAGUGAAUUGAGAACAUCUUGAAUUCUUAAAUUAGAAUUGCAGAAGACUUCUAGUGACUAACUUUUAUGUCUAAAAGAGAAAAUUUUAUAAAAAGGCCAUGUAGAAAAUUUAUUAAAACUACUAUGACUGCUAUAUUCAGGAAUAUGUCAGUGGUAAAGCAUUUAAAUGUAGCUUGUGAGAUUCACCGUAAUCCUUCUAAUUUCUUUGCAACUUCUUAAUUUUGUGAAAAUUUGUAUAUAUGAAGAAUUUGCAUGUAUGUGUAUUUACAAAUUUUUUUAAGUAUCUUGAAUUCUCAGACUGCAGAAGUCCUAUUUUAACUAUUGAUUUUUAAACAAAAAUAUUGUCUUUGAAUGUAUUGGAAGCAGACAUGCAUUAACUGUGACAUGAUUGCACCUCAUUUUUUUUUUCCUUUGUUUGGAUAAACUGAUAUUGUUAAAAUAGGACAUUUAUUUAUGUUCAUAUCUGGAGGGAAACAACCUGGAACCCAGUGUUACCUUAAAGUUAUAGAAUACUUUGUUUAAAAAGGCAACAAUACUAAUGUUAGGUUAUAUCUUUUUGUUAAUACUCAAGACAUGAACUUGUUUAAAUAUUUAUGUACAGUGAUGCCUCAUUCAUCAGGCCAUAAUCUAGAAGCCGCCUCAAAACCGAACACAGCUGAGAAACUUGGAAUUUUAAUUUUUCUUAAAUGCCUUUGAGCAAUGCACACGAGUCACAGAGUCUCUACGUGUUAGAGCUCAUGCAUUUGUUUUUAUGCGAAAGUUUGAUCAUUUGAUUUACCAGCCCAUAGCAUAUUUAAGUUCAGAAGUGGUGGUUUGGAAGGAUACAGAAAAGCUGUGGAAAACUGUUGACCAUUUAGUAUAAGGACAGCUAGGCCAGCCUAGAGGAUGUCGCCGUAUGACAUCAUCAUCUGACAGUGGUCUGUCACUAGGACUCUGUGUCAUCAAGAAAAGGUAACAUCACAUAUACAAAUAUGUAAUACGUGUUUGAAAAGUUUCAUCUUACAAUGAGUGAACGUUUCGGAAAAAGCUUUAGUAUUAAAAGAAGUGAACGUCGGUUUCUUCAGACAAUUUAUUUGUGUCGAAUACCUUUUCCAGUGGUAACUACAUGAGUUGUUGCACUAUCUUAAAGUCUGUGUGGUGUUUCAGACUUGCCACAGCAUUGCUGUCCGUUGUGUCUCCAACCGAACGCGUGGUUGAUGAGCAAGAAGGCUGGGAAAUCCCGGCCCCUUUUUGAACAGUAUGCCUCUUCUCUUAGAAUCGAGUGAAUGUGGCAGAGUCUAGGUGUGUGCGUGGGGGUGUAUACUUGGAAUACCUACAGUUCGGGGUCUCCCUCCAGCCCCCCUUUCAUGGAGGGAAUACUUAGGAAAUGUCUUUGAAUUUCUAUGCUUUAGAUUGUAUUGGGUCCCAGGCAAUUCAUAUGUACAAAGUUAUGCUAUAUAAUUGUAGGCCAUUACCAAAAUAACCUACCAGGCUUUCCAUCUGCGAAAUAAGUAAAUUAAACAGUUGUUAUUAAAAUAAUUUUAAAGACUGUUUUUUUUUUCUGGGUAAAUCUUGAAGUUUGUAAUGAAAUGAGAACUCUCAGUUACUGACUUACUACUUUCAAUGAGUGCUUAUAAAACCCAAAUGCUUAGCUUAAAAAGUGAUCCAGCUUCAAUGUGGAUUUAAAUCCACUUCUGUUAAACCUUCAUAUUCAGAUUUGCUUUUGGUUUUUUGUAGACCAUCAGCAUUGUGUUGAGUGCUAAAGAGGAGAAAAUCCUCGAAAGCGACGAGGCUGAAGACCUACACGUUUUCUGGCUUACUGGUUGAAUCAGAUCUUCUCUCCCGUCUUCGCUCUGGGAAGAACAUUUUCUUUUAGGGUGCAAACAUUGUCGAUACGGUUUAAAGGCAUAUUUUAUGCUCCUUUUUGUGACCACAGAGACGAGGCAAUCACUUUGUUCCUUAAAACCAUUCCUUUUGGCAGUUUGGAGAAGCGUGUCAGUGCUCUCCGCCUGUGGGUUGCCCUUGCUGCCAGGACAUACCGUCUUCGGCACCGGUCCUAGAAGUUGGCACAAUGGAGAGAAGAGGAACGGGCUGCCCCACCGUGGCAGGACUUACAGUUCCCAGACAUUUUGGUCUCAGGACCAUAACUCGUACAGUUUUCAGGACGCCCAAAGAGCUUUUGUUUAUAUAGCUUGUACCGAUCAGAAAUUACCGACCAUAUUAGAAGUUAAUGCUGAGGCACCUAACAGACGUGUUCAUUCAUUUAAAUAUAACGAUGAUAAACCCAUUGCAUGUCAACAUAAAUGCCCUUUUUUAAUAAAACAUUGUUGUCUUCCAACAACA